GACACCUUUGCGGUUCCACCUUCAGGAACCAUGAUAUCGCCAGACGUUUCUUCAGCUACAAAAUCUGGUGGUACCACGACUUGUAGAUUUCGUUUCAGAAGCCAACUGGUCAAGAAAAGGCUAAAAUGGAUGGGAAACUUUAUACAGAUAUUAAAUGUCGAUGGAAGACUUACAGUAACUACAGAUUUAUUCUCUGGGCAUGGAUGAUGAAUGAAACAUCUAUUAUGGCUUCGGUUAUAGAAAUAUCACAUAAUGGUUUUUAUAUUCAUACAGCCAUACAUAUUUUAUCUGUAAUUUUUAUUGGCAUACCGUUAGUAUAUUCAGAAAUCUGCAUAGCACAAUACACAAACUGUAAUGUGAUUUCAAUGUGGAACUUCUUUCCGCUUUUCCGUGGUGUUGGAAAUGGAGCAGUUUUCUUAAUAAUUUUAAAAACAAUAUAUUUAACUGUCUUGUCAACUUGGUAUUUAGAGUACACAAUUUAUGCAGCUAUAGAUCCACCACCGUGGUUUACAUGUGCUGACUAUAACGAUUCCAAAUGUAUGGUUAAACGAAUCAAUGUCUCUAUUUUUCAACACUGCUUAGAAACUCAAAUACUUUUCGAUGAUGACUGUGGCAUGAAAACAGCUAGUAACUGCUUCUUUGAGAGGAUAAUUGGUAACAAUAAUACGAAGAUAUCUACGGUUUGCGCUUAUCCUUGGAAAGGAAUACUAGCAAGUACAUCUAUAUCUGUAGCUUUAUUUAUAUUGUCAAUAAAGAAAGAAAAGUUCAUCCAAUUUGUUGUUAAGAUAUUAGCAUGUUAUUUAUGCCUGGUAUUAAUAUUAUUAUUAUGCAUACCUUUGUCCACUAGCGGGGUAUGGCAUACAAAAAAGAUUGCAUUAGACUGGAAUAAUUACAAUUUCAAGACGUGUUAUACAUCUAUAACAAAAGGUUUCUUAUCUGUAGGGACAGGAUAUGGUAUAAUUGGAUAUCUGUCCAGAGAUGUUUCGUUUAGAAGCCCUUCUAUGAUGACAUCUAUUUCAGUACCAUUAUUUUCGGUAUUUUUAACUAUAAUGUUUGCACUAGUUACGUUUAGUGGCAUUAAAACUAUGUCGUAUUAUCAUGGUGAAGAGGAAAAUGUCAUUGAAAUGGGUUCAUCCACAUUUUUCUUAAAUUUUGCCUCUAUAUCAGAAAUUUUAAGUUAUUUUGAUGGAAUGCCAGUUUGGGGAUUAAUUUGGUUUUCAUCAGGCUUUUUGUGUUUAUUUGUAAAUUUAUGGAUUUUAUAUUUAUUUCUACGGGAAUCACUAAUGGAAUGUUUCUAUUUUGUACGAAAAUAUCCUAAUUUAUGUUAUGGAUUAUUAUAUUUGUUUAUCUUUUUUUUUUCUUUGCCCUUCUUUUGCUCAGAUUUAACUGGUACUCUGGCAGAUGCUACUGAGCUACUACAAAUUGUAAGUAGUAUAUUCUUUUCUUUAUCCUUAUAUUGGAUUUAUGGGUAUAAGAAUCAUAAUAUCGAUAUUAUCUUUAUGAUUGGUAUUAAAGCUAGUUAUUUCUGGAAAAUUACGUGGUUAGCAAAUCCACUUUUAUUAUUAUCUAUUUUAUAUGCAAAAUCUAUUCACUUUGAUGUUACAGAAUACAAUGAUUCGUUUUACUUUCAUUUUUUGACACUAUAUUGCGAUGUUCUGUUACUUUAUAUUAUUAUAGGAAUUUAUUUUACAAUUAUUAUUAUGGGUUUAUUAGUAGAACUUAUGGUUUAUUAUAGAAAUAAAAAGUUACUAUAUAUAUUAUUUCCAAUAGAAAAUUGGGGGCCUAAGGAGGCGAUUUUAUUCAGAAGUAGAAAAAUAUUUGUUCCCGAAAUAAUGACGAGAGAGUUUCUAUACAGACAAAUUAGGAUACAAGGGUAUUGUAAAAAGCAAAAUGCCAAAAUUGAAGAUGACGAAACAAAUAAAAAUAUAAGUAGGCAAACAUCUACACUAUUGUCAAUAGAUGAGUCGGAAUGGAGUACUUUCACAUCGAAUUAACUAAAGUGAAAUCACAUACUUGGCUUUUCAUUGGAUCUGUAUUAAUUUGACACAUAUAUUGUCCUUGGUCUUCCUCUUGAACAUUUCUUAUGU